GACACGAGUAGAUAGUUUUAUGAAUCUUCCAUACAAAUUGAGGAUGAUGGAGGAGCGCGAAUGGCGGAGGGAAAAGAGCGCGAAAAGGUGGGAGGCCUGGGAGGAAGGCUCCUUCCACCUAAAGGAGUUCUUCGAGCCCAAGCUCCAGGAUACCGUCCAGAAGGUAGAAGAACCCUGGGGGUUCGUAACAACUACCCAGGAGAACUCGUGGAAAUUGGGUCUCAUAUUUUCCAAGACCACCCUCGAGAUACAGAUGCCGAUCGAUGCGAGGGCAAUCUCGGACGUAGACAUCACGGGGUUCGUCAACAUGAGGAAAAAACGCGAGGUCCGUCAGGUUAAGACUUCAACGAGUAGGGAGCUGGAGGCCUUGUGGAAGGAAGGAGACGAGAACAUCUUCAGUCUGGGGUGGCUGUUUGAACAGAACCCCUGGAUGAAGAGGCACCAGGCUCUUUGAGUUGCGCUGGCUGGCUCCUCCGAUAAAUAUUGUCAGACCGAGAAGGCCCGUCGCUUGAUAAAUAGUCCGGCCCAUCGUCGGAAUCUUCGCUUGCUCGAGCGUAGGGCUGGUAAUCCUCCGGCCAAUCGGCCGGCGGGCUAUCCGGUGAAGAAAACGCGUAACAUUUAUUGUUUGGGGUUUUCAAAUAGGAAUCGAGAAGCGAUCGUAAAACAUGAAAGAAAGUAUGGCAAGAGUAGGGGGAGUGAAAUUCCACAGG